AUGGGGAUCCACAAUAAAUACAAGAUACAGUAGCUAAAUGGAAACGCACCCUAGCAGGCAAAUGUCAUCUAUUUUCAAUGCAACUUUCUAAAUGUCAACAGCAACAAAAAUGACUAGACAAGUUAAUGGAAACACAGUUAAUGACAAAUGUAUACAUUUUGGAGGAAAUUAUACCACCACCCAAAAGGACACUUUAGAGAGUGGAAAGGCAAAGGGGCAGAGCCCUAUCUGUGCACGUGCAUGUCUGUAGUAACAACCCGAGGUAAGAGUUGCUCUCAGGGUCAGCUGAUCUAGGACCCAAUUACCCUCUACAAAUCAUAACCUGAGGAGGAAACCAAAAAUGAUCUUAGAUCAGUAUCUAAGGACACGUUUGUCCUAUUCACCAUAGCACUGCUUCACCUGCCAUACACUGAAAAUGCACCUGUCAGACGAGAUAGACAGACUAGAUGGGGAGGGAGGGUGGAGUCUAUUCUCUUGUGAUAACUGUACAUGCUAGUGGUUCUACCUGUUACACCUGCUCUGACAUCAACUUCCCUCCCCCCGCCUCUGCCUCUCCCAUGUGUCAGCUGAGCCACAGGAGGAAUCGGCAGCAUGGAUCGUCUCUCUGUCUGUCCAUAGACAAACUGCCCCCAUCUACAGAUAAAGAAAGAGGAGUGUCAGUGUUAGACUAGCCCUAACCUGUUCUCUCUCUUUCUCCUUCAUUUUCACCUCUGUUACACUGUCUCACUACAUUGGCGCCUUGGGAGACAAGAGAGAGGCUUGUCUCUGCUGUUCUCUCUCUUUUUCUCUCGUUUUCCCUCUCCUGGGACCUAAUGCAGUAGCGCCCCUAUACCAGGCGGAGGAGGAACCCACCAGGGCUCAACAACGGCACAGUAUGAGUGACGAAAGCUACAACUUUGUCUUCAAAGUGGUUCUGAUUGGUGAGUCUGGUGUUGGGAAAAGCAACCUGCUGUCUCGCUUCACCAAGAAUGAGUUUAACCACGACAGCCGCACCACCAUCGGAGUGGAGUUCAGCACCCGCACUGUUCAGCUGGAUACCUUCGCCAUCAAGGCUCAGAUCUGGGACACGGCAGGGCUGGAGAGAUACAGAGCCAACACCUCCGCGUACUACAGAGGGGCGGUGGGGGCUCUGCUGGUGUAUGACAUCACCAAGCACCUAACCUAUGAGAGUGUGGAGCGUUGGUUGAAGGAGCUGUACGACCACACCGACCCCCACAUGGUGGUCAUGCUGGUGGGCAACAAGAGUGAUCUGGAUACGCUGAGGACCGUGCCCACCGAGGAGGCCAAGGACUUCACAGAAAAGAAUAGCCUCUUGUUUAUGGAGACGUCAGCUCUGGAUUCUACCAACGUUGAAGCUGCUUUCCAGGAAGUUCUCACAGCGAUCCACAAGAAGGUGGCCAGUCGAGAGGUGCCCCGCGUGUCCAUCACUGCCUUGACCCUGUCCAGUACUAUUGGAACAGCUAGCGACGCCCAGGAGAAACGCAGUACCUGCUGCAAGAACCUCUGACUGGUUCUGACCAGGUUUGACCUGUUCUAUCUGAUUAUCUUCAGUUCUACACAGAAUCUUCCUACUCUGCCCUCAUUCAGGUUAAAGGGAAUAGUGUAUAGGACUGUCCAAACCAAAGACCAGGCAAGUCAAAUCAAGUCACAUUUAAAUUACAGUGCAUUUCACAAUUCUCAACAAGACAGAUUUAAGAGACAUGCCACAUUUAUGUACAGUUGAUCAAUGUUGACACUAUUGGUGCUACUGCUUGGCUAAAUGUUGCUGACCACAACAUAUUUUUUCUUCUUCUGUAUGCUCGUUUUUAAACUGUAUUAGUUAUUAUACAGCAAAUAAAUCUUGAUUUGGUAUA